AUGAGCUUCUCAAAGGCCCAGCAGAUCACGCUUGCGAAGCUUAAGGCGUUGAUCGGGCACGACCAAGUGGCUCUUACAGUGCCGCAAGGCCAGGAUGCACUUCGUGCACGCCUCGAUGCCUUCUCGAACUUUGAGUCCACGUUGAUCGGACAGUUCCGGGACAAUUUAGCUUCAGCCAUGCCCACUCGGUAUGUUCCAAUACCGGACACUGAGUCAAGAACUCGUCCUCUAGUCUUAAGCAUCAAGACUUUCGAGGGAAAAGAGGAAGAAAAUUUCCGUUUGCUGGUUCGCGAGAUGGAGGUUGCCAUCGGUUCGGCCUUGCUGCGGUCAGAGCAGCAGAAGCUGGGCCUGGCCCUAUCAAAGUAA